UCUUCUUUUGUUCGUUUUAUGCAACUUGUCUUCCUAUAUAAGUCCUCAUUUUUCUUACCCCUUCCCCUAUUAUCUUUUUCAUCAUGGCUUCUCUUCAUUCGAUCCUCUGCUUCUUCUGUUACUCCUUUGUGUUAGCGAGCAAUGGUGCGGCAGCUUCUCGCAAAGUCUUCACAUUUCAAGAAUCUCAGGAGAACUCUUCUAUUGCUAGCAACCAGUAUAGAACUGCAUACCACUUCCAGCCUCCUAAGAACUGGAUGAAUGGCAGUUCCCAGGACUAUCUGGCUAGAUAGCAAUGGAAGGCAACUGGUACAAUGGCCUGUUAAAGAGCUUGAAUCUCUUAGAAGAAAUGGAGCCCAUUUGCAUAACACAGAGAUCAAAACAGGAGGCCUCUUUGAAAUCAAAGGAGUAAAAGCUUCACAGGCAGAUAUUGAAGUAGAUUUUGAGCUACCAAACCUAGAGAUAGCAAAGCCCUUCGAUCCUUCUUGGCUGAUAGACCCUCCAAAGCUUUGUCGUGACGAGGAUGCUUCUGUUCAAGGUGGGCUUGGGCCCUUUGGGCUGUUGAUCUUGGCUUCUCAUAACCUAGAGGAACACACUGCUGUCUUCUUCAGGGUAUAUAAAGCUCACAACAGACACAUGGUUCUUUUGUGUUCUGACCAAAGGAGAUCCUCUUUGAGACCAGAAGUUGACAAGCCAGCAUAUGGGAGCUUUGUGGAUAUAGACAUAAAAAAGGAAGGAAAGAUUUCUCUGAGGACCUUGAUUGAUCAUUCAGUCGUAGAGAGCUUUGCUGGUGGAGGGAGAACAUGCAUCACUGCUAGAGUUUACCCUGAAGUCCUUGUGACAGGCGACAUCCAUCUAUAUGCAUUCAAUAAUGGAACCGAGACCGUAAAGGUUUCGAAACUUCAGGCAUGGGACAUGGCCAAACCUUGGAUAAAUGUAGAAGGUGAAUAGAUAGUCAUGAGAAAUCAACAUGGAGGAGACUAAUGGGUCAUAUUCUUAAUUUGUCUGAAGCCUCAUUCGAUUCAUGUGAACAAUGUGCUUGCUGGGCAUGCUUAGGUUAUACAAGGAAUGCUCAGGCAUCCACACGUUGUAUGUAAACUUUUCAAAUAAAAUUUGAUAAGGUUGAAACCUAGAUUCCAUA